GUAUAACGCGUUAAACUUAUCCUCAGGGAUAGAGCAGCUCGGGGGCAUGCCCUGGCACCUACCUGUCUGUUUCCUGGCCGCCUGGACGCUGGUGACUAUAUGUCUGAUAAAGGGGAUUAAAUCGAUGGGAAAGGUGGUGUACGUGACGGCAACAUUACCUUACAUACUACUGACCAUUAUCCUGAUACGAGCCAUUUUUCUCCCCGGAGCGAUAGAUGGAAUAUUGUUUUACUUAACUCCGGAUUUCUCGAAAUUAAGAGAGCCUCAGGUAUGGAUAGAAGCAGCAUUGCAGGUGUUUUACUCGUUGUGUCCGUGCUGGGGACAACUCAUCACAAUGGCUAGCUACAACAAGUUCCAUAACAACUGUUACAGGGAUUCCGUCAUACUGACCUGCAUCAGUGAGGGCACCAGUAUAUAUGGCGGCUUCGUAGUGUUUGCUGUCAUUGGAUACAUGGCUCACAACGCCAAUCUGCCCAUAGCUACGGUAGUAAAGUCAGGCCCUGGUUUAGGUUUUGUGGUAUACCCUGAAGCUCUGUCUACACUGCCUCUACCUAACCUGUGGUCAGUGCUGUUCUUCCUAAUGCUACUUUCUGUAGCGUUGGAUAGCGAGUUUGCGUGUGUCGAAGUGGUCGUAGCGGCAAUCACAAAUCAUUUCCGAGUUUUACGGAAGAGACAGGUUUUAGUAGUAGUGACCGUGUGUUUAGUCUACUUCCUGCUGGGGUUAAUAUUCUGUACUCAGGCCGGGAUAUACUUCUACCAGCUAUUUGACUGGUACGUUGCGGUGUCCAUACCGGUGUUUGGUCUGAUCGAGUGUCUUAUAUUCGGAUGGAUAUAUGGAGCAGAACGGUUUUCGCGGGACAUUGAAAUGAUGAUUGGUCGUGGAGUUCCUGUGUUUGUACGGAUUUGCUGGUGCUUUGUAAACCCAAUCGUGCUUCUGGUAAGUUUAUUUAGCUUUGUAACUCCCUCUCAAGCUACA